AGAUCCGCGUCGAAACGAGCCAUGGGAGGUAGUAUGCUGGACUCCGUUGUUGUAAGAGGUCGUUGUGUUCUUCAGCUCACGGAUGGGAGGCGUGGGGCUGACAGAGGGCGCGGCGAGGGGCACAUUGGGCGUCUGACGGGUGGGUCCUCGGAUAAACCCACCCAUCCCCAAUCCCUCAAUUCCCCUCCCCCGAUCCCCACCACCGGCGCCAGCGGCUAGGGUUAUGGAGAUGGCCAAGCCGCCUCGCCCGCGCGGCUUCAAGGUCGGCCGCCGGCCGACGGCCGCCUCCCGGAAGGACCACGGCGGCGGGGGCGUUCGCCAGCCGCCGCGUGGCCCUGCGCGCGCGCACCUACCGCCGGCCUCGCCAUCCUCGGCCGCGGUCCCUGCGGCUGGCCUCCUGCCGCGUGCCUCGGUGCCCUCGCACACGGCCCCUGAGCCAAGCCUCCUCCCGCCGGCCCCGGCCCCCUCGCGCACCGCGCCUGCGCCCGGCGUCCCCCCGCCGGAAUGGGUGCCUUGGUACAUGGCCCCCGCGUCCUGGGACAUGACCCAUCCGCCCCGCCUCCCCUCGCAGGCCACUCCCCCUGCCCCCGACCUCCUCCCGCUGGCCUCGGCGCCCUCCCACACCACCCCUGCGCUCGGCCUCCUCCUGCCCUCUACCGCGCCCCCUGAGCCCUGCAAAUACUACACCGGCAUGCUCUUAGGUCCGCGUGUCUAUGCUCGUGAUCUCUCUCCGCCCGCAGCACCCGCCACGAGCGUCGCUACAGCAGCCUUCUUACCGCCGCCGCCGACAGCUAACCCCCUACUUGUAUGCAAGGAGUCCAUGGAAGGUUGCAAAUAUGUGAAUAUGGAGAUGAGCGAUGAAGAAACGGAAGAGGAGUAUGAAUCACGCAAGAAGGCGGAGUGGUGCUGUGGAGCCUGAUCUAUGUGUUGUUGACUCGUAGGAUGUGUUUGUGUUCACUCUCAAGAUUUCAUGUGCUUGUGUUUCCUCUCAUAUACGUUGGGCCGGGUGUUUCUCCUAAAAAGUUUUGUCCAGAGUUAAGUAGAUGCAUGCCCAGAGUUAUUUUUUGUCCAAAGUUUCCUCUGGGAGAUUAGAAAGCAUGUCUAUGUUCUCAUCAUUUUUCUGAAUCUGUAGAAACCAAGUUUCAGUGGGAAAUUUGAUGUGGAUGAGAAAAAUCUUUACUGUUGCUUCCACUCUUUUGAAUUUUAUUACAGCUCAGAACAAAUCUUUUGAAUUUUA